AUGUCGGAGCCCAUCAGGAACAAGAAGGCCGACUUCCCGGUCGCCCCGACCCCGCAAAACACGCCGGCCAACAAUGCCCCGAUCUCCUCCCACGCCCAGCAGCCCGGCGUCUCCAGCAUCACAGAAGGUAAAGUUCAUCUCGUCCAUCACGAUGACACGUCUCCUAACCCUCUACCAGAAACCCUGGACAGUGCCGCGGCCGCCUCGCUUUUCGCCCGAAACCCCGCCCUUGUGUCGAUGAUCCAAGGCAAACUGGGUCAGCUCGUUGGCCGCUCGUCCGGCUACAUCGAGUCCCUGCCUCCCUCCGUUCGCCGCCGCGUAGCGGGCCUAAAGGGCGUUCAAAAGGAACAUUCCAAGUUGGAGGCCCAGUUCCAGGAAGAGGUUCUCGAACUCGAGAAGAAGUUUUUUGCCAAGUUCACCCCGCUGUAUGAGCGCCGGUCCACGAUCAUUAACGGUGCGGCGGAGCCGACUGAUGAUGAGGUGGAUGCUGGCAAGGAGGAUGAGGAAGAGGAGGCCGAGACCAAGGAGGAGGAGCCCAAGGCGGAGGAGUCUGAGACCAAGGGCAUUCCCGAGUUCUGGCUGUCGGCCAUGAAGAACCAGGUCUCCCUGGCCGAGAUGAUCACCGAGCGGGAUGAGGAGGCCCUCAAGCACCUCACGGACAUUCGAAUGGAGUAUCUUGACCGGCCCGGAUUCCGCCUCAUCUUUGUGUUCUCCGAGAACGAGUUCUUCACCAACGAGACCAUCUCCAAGACAUACUACUACAAGGACGAGAAUGGCUAUGGUGGCGAUUUCAUCUACGACCAUGCAGAGGGCUCCAAGAUUGACUGGAAGGAUGACAAGGACCUGACUCUACGCCUGGAGAGCAAGAAGCAGCGAAACAAGAGUGAGUACGCCCAUUCCUUCCGUGGCGGCAUCUCAGCUAAUAUGCCUCACGUAGAUACCAAGCAGACCCGUGUCGUCAAGGUCAGCAUGCCCACCGAGUCCUUCUUCAACUUCUUCUCUCCCCCACAGCCGCCGUCGGAUGACGACGAGUCGAUUGCCAGCGACAUCGAAGAGCGUCUGGAGCUGGACUACCAACUGGGCGAGGAUAUCAAGGAGAAGUUGAUCCCCCGCGCGAUUGACUGGUUCACCGGUGAAGCCCUGCAGUUCGAGGAGCUGGGCGAGGAGAUGGAUCCAGAUGAGUUUGAAGAUGACGAGGAUGAGGACGACGACGAGGAUGAGGACGACGAGGGAUCUGACCGCGAGGUGGAUGACGACUCGGACGAAGAGGAUGGCACUUCCAAGCCCAAGAAGGAGGCGGCUGAGUGCAAGCAAAACUAG